GCAUAAAUUCUGCUUCCCUUUUGGAUGGAGACCACCAUACAUGGCCUGAAUGUCCUACUGCUUUCCAAGAAUAAGAAAAAGACCCUCUAGUUGUCUUUCUCUGAAACAGCUUGGCAGUGAAGCAGCUCCUGAAUGGGUCAAGCUUCCAGAAAACUAUCACUUGAAUGGGAUCAGUCCCUUUCCUUUUAAAAUAUCAGGAAUUAAGCCCUGGAAGAGGAGAUUCAGCAAAGAUGACCCAUUUACAAGCUGGACUCAGUCCAGAGACUAUAGAGAAAGCUCGUCUGGAACUGAACGAAAAUCCAGAUAUAUUGCAUCAGGAUAUUCAGCAAGUCCGGGACAUGAUCAUCACCAGACCUGACAUUGGAUUUUUACGUACAGAUGAUGCCUUCAUCUUGAGAUUUCUUCGAGCCAGGAAGUUUCACCAAACAGAUGCCUUUAGACUACUGGCUCAGUACUUCCAGUACCGCCAACUAAACCUGGACAUGUUCAAAAACUUCAAGGCUGAUGACCCAGGAAUCAAGCGGGCUCUGAUUGAUGGAUUCCCUGGAGUACUGGAAAAGAGAGAUCACUAUGGCAGGAAGAUCCUUUUGCUCUUUGCAGCCAAUUGGGAUCAGAGUAGGAACUCCUUCACCGACAUUCUCCGGGCUAUUCUGUUGUCAUUGGAAGUUCUUAUUGAGGACCCAGAACUUCAGAUAAAUGGUUUCAUUUUAAUUAUAGACUGGAGCAAUUUCUCCUUCAAACAAGCAUCCAAACUCACACCUUCAAUCCUCAAACUGGCCAUCGAAGGGUUACAGAAUCCUAACGUCCGGCUAUGCGUCGAGUCCUCGGGCUCUGCCCCUCUUUCCGAACCCUCGGCAGGCGAAGCCGUGGCGGGGCAGCCAGAGGAGCCCCCGCCUCCAGCCCGGCCGAAUAGCCAAUGGCGUCCCCUCAGCCCCGCCUCGGCCACGCCGCUUUAUGGCAGUCUCUUAAAAUGGGAACUGGGGAUUCUAAGAGAUAAAGAUGAAGAGGGAAAGCAUUCUAGAUUCAAAGAGUUUGUACAAAAGCGUGUGGUUGAGAGACACAACAUCAAGUCUGGGGUAGGCCAGGUGGGCAAGGACAGUUUUCCUGCUCGCUUUGGAGGAGUCCAUUUUGUCAAUCAACCCUGGUACAUUCAUGCCCUGUACACACUAAUCAAACCAUUCCUCAAAGACAAGACAAGGAAAAGGAUCUUUCUCCAUGGCAACAAUUUGAACAGCCUUCACCAACUAAUACACCCUGAAUUCCUGCCCUCUGAAUUUGGAGGCACCCUCCCUCCCUAUGACAUGGGAACUUGGGCUCGGACAUUACUCGGUCCUGACUACAGUGAUGAGAAUGACUAUACUCACACUUCCUAUAACGCAAUGCACGUGAAACACACAUCCUCCAACCUAGAGAGAGAGUGCUCACCCAAGCCGAUGAAAAGGUCUCAGUCUGUCGUGGAAGCUGGGACACUGAAACAUGAGGAAAAGGAAGAGAAUGAGAACACCCAACCACUCCUGGCUCUGGACUGAAUUUGAAGUCACCAAAAUACAUCUCAGCAGCCUUCAGUGGCAUCAGCCACCUAUGAAGCACAUGCUUAACUGAUCCCCACAGGCACACAUCUUGUUUCACAAAAGGUCCUCCACUUCUGCUGACAAUAACUAUCGGCACCAGCCAUCUGUCUGAGCAGCCAAAGUUAAGCAAAGACCGGAGGGAU